AUGGCCAGGAUGAUGUGCGGCCGCGCCGGCGAGCCGGCAGUGCGCAAGGGUCCGUGGACGCUGGAGGAGGACCUCAUCCUCGUCGGAUACAUCUCCCAGCACGGGGAAGGCUCUUGGGACAACCUCGCACGCUCUGCUGGUCUGAACCGGAACGGGAAGAGCUGCAGGCUGCGGUGGCUCAACUACCUCAGGCCGGGACUGCGGCGCGGCAGCAUAUCGCCGGAGGAGGACAUGGUCAUCCGGGAGCUCCACUCGAGGUUGGGGAACAAGUGGGCCGAGAUCGCCAAGCACCUCCCCGGCCGGACCGACAACGAGGUCAAGAACUACUGGAGGACCAGGGUACACAAGAAGGCACCGCACCAGAACCAGCUUCCAGCGCAACCCGCGAGCGAGGCGACAACGUCCGUGUCGGCGUCGGCGUCGACGAGCCACGCCAGCUCCACCGUCGGAGACGAGUACACGCAGACGAGCUUCCCUUACCCCGAGCUGAGCUGGGUCGCAACCGACCACCACGAAACGGUCGAUGUGGGCGCGCCGACGGCGCGCUUCUUUCCGUCUGAGUUCGGCGGUAACUUUUGGAACGUCCCAGACAAUUUCUGGGAGACUCUCCCGCUUUCAGACCCAGUGUACGAAGCACUAUAG